AAAUUAUGGCAACAUUGUACAGUUUGGAAUAUUAUUGACAAUUCGACUUCCGGUAGUUCUUUCUAGUUUUGACAGCUUUCAAAAGCAAAGGCUGAACCAUGGCUCCCAGGAAAAACAAAGUUGCAAAAGAGGAGGUCCAAGUGACCCUUGGUCCCCAGCACUUGGUCGGCGAGACAGUGUUUGGAGUCGCCCACAUUUUUGCUUCUUUCAAUGACACAUUCGUGCAUGUCACCGACUUGUCUGGUCGGGAGACCAUCGCCAGAGUCACCGGUGGCAUGAAAGUCAAAGCUGAUCGUGAUGAAGCUUCACCCUACGCCGCUAUGUUGGCCGCUCAGGAUGUUGCUGAAAAAUGCAAAACUCUUGGCAUCACAGCCCUCCACAUUAAGCUGCGUGCUACUGGAGGCAACAAGACCAAGACCCCCGGGCCCGGAGCCCAGUCGGCCCUGCGAGCGCUGGCCCGUUCCAGCAUGAAGAUCGGCCGCAUUGAAGAUGUGACCCCCGUGCCCUCAGACUCCACCCGCAGGAAGGGAGGUAGACGAGGACGCAGGCUGUAAAUCUUUAGCUUUAAGCAACUGUGGACUUCAAUAAAUAAGUUUACGGUUA